UCCUUGAGGGUUGUAAUUGAGCAGGAUAAUUAAACAAGAGUGUUGUGGGGAAGAGAGAACCGCGAAGGAACUGCAUCCUCCGCUUCUUUCCCCUAUUCCCCCCCGCACCACCACCCCACCUCCUACCUCCACCCCUGUCUGUUAGUGGCAGAGUCCGUUUUCUGCUUUCCGCGACCUGGGCAGCGUGGUCCCACAGCCCUUGCCCUUUUAAGAGAGGCCCCGCCUACAUGGAGGGGGUGGGGCAGGGGGCGGAGUCGGAGAAGUCCGGUUAGGAACAAAGCGCGGCCUGCGGGCUGUGGCUGGGCUCUGCUGNNNGGGCCUCGGGGUGCGGGGCCUGCGGGCGGAGGCCCCGGCAGAACAUCGGAGGGAAGGAGGCGGCAUCAUCCUCUGUGCCGGCCCAGGCAUGAAUGGGCUGCCCUCGACCGAGGCGCCAGGCGGCGCGGGCUGCGCCCUGGCUGGACUCCCGCCGCUACCGCGCGGCCUCAGCGGUCUUCUCAAUGCGAGCGGAGGCUCGUGGCGGGAGCUGGAGCGCGUCUACAGCCAGCGCAGCCGCAUCCACGAUGAGCUGAGCCGCGCCGCCCGCGUUCCGGACGGGCCCCGCUAUGCUGCCGGCGCCGCCAACUCGGGAACUGCCGCAGGUGCCCCUGGCCUGCGUCGCCCUGUCAACCUCGACUCGGCUCUAGCGGCACUGCGCAAGGAGAUGGUGGGCCUGCGGCAGCUGGACAUGUCACUGCUGUGCCAGCUGUGGGGCCUGUAUGAGUCGAUCCAGGACUACAAGCACCUGUGUCAAGACUUGAGCCUAUGCCAGGACCUGUCAUCCUCCCUGCACUCAGACAGUUCCUACCCACCUGACGCUGGCCUAUCUGACGACGACGAGCCUCCUGAUGCCAGUCUGCCCCCGGACCCGCCACCCCUCACUGUGCCCCAAACGCACAAUGCCCGAGACCAGUGGCUGCAGGAUGCCUUCCACAUCAGCCUCUGAAGAGCUAGAGGGGUGGGGAGCAUGCACCCAUGCAAAAGGCUCAGAAACUCACCCCUCAGCAAGUACUCAGACUAUAGUGCCUGCUUUCCCCCAUACCACUUCACCUCACGGGAGGGCAAGGCUUGGGCCCUUCGGAGGUUAAACUGCCUAUCCUCCCUCUGCUGUCUUGGGUUAGCUGGCACUGGGGCCGGUACCUGGACUACAGCCUCUGCCCAUGUCACUGGACCUCCACUUCUCCCACAUGUGUGCACCUCAGCUUGGCCAACCUUCAGUCUGGCAGUGGGGUCCAAAGCAUCUUGCACUCCCCUUGGCAUCUCUGGGAUUGAGAUGAGUGCCUGGCUCCUGUCUCUUCAUCUUUUACUGCUGUUGGCAGCUGCUGGCUCAGGGGCAUCCCAUCUCUGGUCCCUGGGUUCCACUGCCCUAGACAAGGGCUUCGGGACCCAUUCCUGCACCCAUGGCCAGGAGGGCCAAGGCUCCUUGCUCGAUAUUUAAGUUUAGGGGCCAGCCUCCUGGGCACAUAGAGAAAUAAAUACUCUCUCACCA